AUAGACAUCAGUGAGUCAGUGACUCACUUUCGUUAUCGAACACUUCGCAAUAUCUAACUCAGUAGACAGUUUGAAUUCCAAAGGUUGUUGAAGAUGAACACUGAUGUGUUCUCAAAAUGGUCUCUAACUCUCAUCUUCUUCAUUUUCCUAAUUACUACAAUACACUUCUUCCAUACCCAAUUUUUUCUUCAUCAUCUAACAAUCAACUUCGAUCACAUAACAAUCAAGAAAUCUCCACAACUCCCUCUUCGAUUCAACUCAGAUGGCACCUUCAAAAUUCUCCAGGUGGCUGAUAUGCAUUUUGGUCAAGGUCUUAUAACCAGAUGCAAAGAUGUUUCUCCAUCUGAAUUUAAGUACUGCUCAGAUUUAAAUACAACUAGAUUUAUUCAGAGAUUGAUUCAAGCUGAGAAGCCGGAUUUUCUCGCUUUUACUGGAGAUAAUAUUUUUGGGUCAAGCACGCCUGAUGCAGCUGAAUCUCUGUUUAAAGCCUUCCUUCCGGCAAUGGAAUCUAAGCUCCCUUGGGCAGCUAUUUUAGGAAAUCAUGACCAAGAGUCAACUAUGAAUCGUGAGGAGCUGAUGUCCUUAAUCUCACUCAUGGAUUAUUCAGUUUCUCAAGUGAAUCCAUUAGCUCAAAAUGAUUCUGGUCAUCAAGAAAGAGGAAUCGAUGGUUUUGGAAAUUACAAUCUUUCAGUGCAUGGUCCUUAUGGUUCUCUAUUGGCCAACCGUAGUGUCUUGAACCUCUUCUUUCUUGAUAGUGGAGACAGAAUGACAGUGGAAGGUAGGCGAACUUAUGGAUGGAUUAGAGAAUCUCAACUUCAUUGGUUGCAAGGGUUUUCUCAAGUAGAACAGGAUGAGCGUGGAGAGGUCAAUUAUUAUGAAGGUUCCCCUUUGUCAAGAAAGACACCUCCAGCACUUGGGUUCUUUCACAUUCCAAUCCCAGAAAUCAGACAGCUGUAUUAUCAUAAAAUUAUUGGCCAGUUCCAAGAAGCUGUAGCGUGUUCAUCAGUAAAUUCUGGUGUCUUGAAAACACUGGUUUCAAUGAAGAACAUAAAAGGUGUUUUUAUAGGUCAUGAUCACAUCAAUGAUUUCUGUGGAAAUCUGGAUGGUAUAUGGUUUUGUUAUGGUGGAGGUUCUGGAUAUCAUGGAUAUGGUAAGGUAGGUUGGCAUCGGAGAGCAAGGGUUGUGCUAGUUGAGCUUUCGAAGAAGGGUAAUUCUUGGACUGGUUUGGAUAAAAUCAGUACAUGGAAAAGGUUGGAUGAUGAUUUGUUGAGCAAGUUUGAUGAGCAAGUGCUUUGGGACCAGGACUCUUGAAAUUGAGUCAGAUCCAGGAGCUCUAAUGUGAAGAAGACACUCAUUAUCAUAUAACACGUAAGCUUGCGCCAGGAUGAAGACCAUCUGGGUACAGUUUCAAAAUCCUUUUUGCUGCUGUUGGGUGCUCAUGUAUCUUAUUGAUGAAUGCAAACUCAUAAUGAAGUUCAUAAAGGUUAUUCUGGAUGAUCAAGCUUUUAUCAGAUGAUUUUUAGCCUCUUGUGUCAAUUGUGUUCAUACCCAGACCUGCUCAUCACAAUCUGAAACUUAGGCUCAGUAUAAUCCCAAAGUGGAUUAACUUCGCAGCCAACUCUAUAUAUUCUGGUUUUCUGGAUGGAAAUCAACCGAUGCUUUUUUCUUUAAUGUUAAUAGUCUUAGGCUGCUGGAUUUUGAGAGUGACCCAGGAAAUUAAGGAGGAUGAAUGGAGAAGUUGUUUAUGUAAUUCUCUUUGGUUUAUAAAUAGUUUAUUAUCUUAUUCUUUUGCAAGGAUGUUUGGGGUGUCAUCACUGUCAUGUAGCACAGUUAUUUGUUGGCAAAUGAGGUGGUUGCCUUUUGGGUUCUAUUUCCCAAUUAUCAAAUUUAAUGUUAUUUGGUUGUUGUGUCUUA